CCUCGCCUUGUCCAUGGGGGGACCAGCGCCAGGAGCCGUGCUGGGGAUGGUCACACUGUGAGGCUGCAUCCUGCUGACGGGGAGGGGGAUCCGCCAGCCAGCACCCUGCACUAUGGCUGCAGUGCUUCCUGCAGGCAGCAGCAUGGACCCACAGCGCAUCCUCUGCACCCACAACAGCACGGGCAGCAGCUGGCUGCUACGCGAGGAGCCCCGUGGCCGCAGGAACUCCAUCCCACCCGUGCAUGCACCCACUGCCAGGCACAUGCUGGCCUACCUGCCACGGCCACCCAGCGACACCAGCCGCUAUGGCACCUUCCCCCAGAAGCCUGAAGUCCCAGCUGCCCACACACUUCUCAUAGAUGCUGCUGAGAGAAGCACCCUGGUUCCAAACGACCUCUCCCCACCCUGUAGCACUGCUGUUCCUAGUGACCCAGCUCCCACGCAGAGCUGUGUGGACUCAGAGGCUGUAGGACCCACCAGGCACUGGCCCAGUAUCUCCAUUACCACCAGUGACGUGCCCAAGCAUCACCGGACCUCACGCCAAGACCACCAACCCGCUCUGCAUGAUGGCACCUCCCGCUGGUACCCACGGCAAACCCACAGCGUGCCCAGCACCCUCAGCCCUGCACAAAGCAGGACACCCAACCGCAGCAUCGUCUCCAUCCCCACCUCUGAGAGGCUCCAGAACCGGCGUUGUAAGCUGAUAGAGGAUGAGAGGCUGCUGGGUUUGGUUGGCAAGCAGCAGCGCCAGCGCUACGUCACCAAGGUGGGCAAGUGCCAAGUGAACCUGGGCAACAUCCAGGAGAAGAAGAGGUUCCUCUCAGAUAUUUUCACCACUAUUGUGGACCUGAAGUACCGGUGGUUCCUCUUUGUGUUCAUGAUGUGCUAUAUUGUCACCUGGGUUGUCUUUGGCACCGUCUAUUUCUUCGAUGCAUGGGUAAGGGAUGACAUCAACCACAUCGGGGACCCAGAGUGGAAGGCUUGCAUCGAGAACGUGGACAACUUCAUAUCUGCCUUACUCUUCUCUGUGGAAAGCCAGAGGACCAUUGGCUACGGCUCCAGGAUCGUGACAGCCAACUGCGCCGAGGGCGUCAUCCUGCUGAUGGUGCAGUCCAUCAUAGGCUCCAUGAUUGAUGCCCUCAUGGUGGGCUGCAUGUUUGUCAAGAUCUCCAGGCCCAAAAAGCGCGCCCAGACCUUAAUCUUCAGUAAAAAUUGUGUCAUCUCCCAUAGGGAUGAAAAGCUCUGUCUGAUGUUCCGCAUCGGGGACCUCCGGGAGAGUCACAUGGUGGAUGCAAAAAUAAGAGCCAAACUGAUCAAAUCCCGACAAACCAAAGAAGGGGAGUUCAUCCCCUUGGAGCAGUCGGAGCUGAAUUUAGGCUACGAUACAGGGGAGGACAGGUUGUUCCUGGUGGAGCCCCAGAUCAUCUGCCACGUCAUCAACCAGCACAGCCCCUUCUGGGACCUGUCGGCGGAGUCGUUGAAGAGGGAGCAGUUUGAGAUCAUCAUCAUCCUCGAGGGUAUUGUGGAAGCUACGGGGAUGACGUGCCAGGCCCGCACCUCUUACACUGAGGACGAGAUCCUGUGGGGGUAUCGCUUCGAGCCCUGCAUGUCCUUGGAGAAAGGAGCCUUCCACGUGGACUACAGCCGCUUCGAGCUGACCUUCGAGGUGCAGACGCCAGCAGUGAGCGCCAGGGAGAUGCAAGAGAUGGCGGAGCUGGAGCGCAGGGACCGCUCCACACCCAGCCUGUGCUGGGAGCUGCCGCCACAGCCCUGUGGGCCCUGACAUGGAGGCUCAAUGCAACUGUUGUUG